UUUCGUUCACUAGAGAGAGAGAGUGGGACAGAGCGUGGGAGACAAGGCGCAGGAGAUACAGAAAACAAUACAUAGAGAGAAGUUGAUGGGUCGGGUCUCACUCUCCUUUGACCAAGAAAACGCAAAGACGAUAUGAUGGGAAAGAGGAAGGCACAGAAAACGAAGGAACUAUCGGUGGCAAUAGCAGAAGCAUCAUCAUCAGCAGCAGAAGCAGGAGACGAAACCAAAUCUCCAGCAGUAACCCCAAGAAAGAGAGGCCGACCCCGCAAGAUCGUUGAAGCAAAAGCCGAAGCAAAGCAAGAAGAGGAACAACAACAGCAGCAGCAGCAGCAGCAGCAGCAACAGAAUCCAAUACAACAAGCUGAAGCAGUAGAAGAAGAAGCUAAAGUAGUGGACCAAACAAAGAAAGCCAGAACUGGUGAAGUGGAAGAGCAGAAGCAAGAGAUGUUGCAGGAGUCAUCAACAAAAAAGACUAGCAGCAGAAGCAGAGCGAGAAGAAAGAGCAAGCCUCGUAAGAGCAGCUGACAAAGAAGAUGACCCGGUUACUAUCUAUUCCUUUCUCUCUGCAACUCAUUCUCUCUUUUGGUUUUGUAGCUUGGGUCUUGAUCAGGCAAUUUUAGUAUGAUCGAAGAUCAUUCCUGCCUUUUGACACUUCACAUGGCUCACAUAUAUUCUUCAUACCUAUCUGUUGACACGACGACGAUGAAAUAUUGUUGCAAAUUAGGUUUUCUGAUGCGGGUUUGUUUUCACUUUCGAUGCCCCCACGCUUCAUUGAAGUUACCCACUGAUUGAAGUUAUCGGUCUCUUCUUUUGUUGUUUUUCAGCUUGUGGUUUAUCUGUGUGCGCAAACCAACCUAUGAAUCACAGAUGGACAUGGUUUUUCUUGCUC